AAAACCAAGCAAUCCGUUACGCAUCCACAAAAAUUUUAAUUUAAAAUCGAUCGCAAAAAGCUCAACACAUCAAAUCCAACCAAUAAACCACGAAAAUAUGACCGAUACUCAAAUCAUAAACGAUGCCAUCGAGCAAACCCUUUCCGUAACUCCUAUCGAUCCAAACGAUGGUGAUCUGGACUAUUCUAUAAAAAACAAAUUUAUCGUGGAAAAAGUUAUGCAAAGAAAUUCGCAUCUACAAAUGCUAUCCCGGCUAUCACCGGAAGUCCGCAAACGACUACGCGCCCUCAGAAAAUUACAAUUGCAAACAAAUGCUGUCGAAAUGGAAUUCAGUGAAAAAGAAUUUGAAUUGGAAAAAGCAUUUCAUGAGAAACAUCAACAGAUUUUGAAUAAAAGAUUUGAUAUUGUCUGUGGUAAAUACGAGCCGAAUGAUGACGAAUGCGAUCUCCCUGAUUCAGAAUUGCUGCAACGAAUCGAUGAAAACAUUUCGAUGAUUACACAAUUGAGUAUUGAUGGACAACCGGAAGGAAGUGAAAAUCCCAUUAAAGGGAUCCCAAAUUUUUGGUUGCAUAUAUUAUACUCGAAUCCGAUGCUCGACUUUGUGAUACACGACGGAGACGACGAUAUUCUAAAACAUUUGAUCGAUAUUCGUGCCAUUUACCAGUCACAACCACAUUUCGCAUUCAUUUUGGAGUUUGAGUUCUCUGCGAAUCCAUAUUUUGAGAAUAAUAUUUUGACGAAGGAAUACCUGUUGAAGAUGAAAUUCGACGACCUAUUGCUAUACGAGGGUCCGGAAAUUUUUAAAACUGUCGGAUGCGAAAUACAAUGGAAAGGUAAUCAAAAACCGGUACAACCUUCGUUCCUAGAUUUUUUCGACCCACCCACACUGCCAGCUGAUGUCAUGGAUCCAACUUACGAUGAAAUAAAGAAUGUUUUGGAAAAUGACUUCGAAAUCGGUAACUACAUUAAGGACCACAUAAUACCCAAGGCAACAUUAUACUAUACCGGAGAAUUUCAUGAUGGUUGCAACCUUGGUUGUGAUUCGGACUCGGCUGACGGAGAAGACACUGACGACGACGGCGUGAACGUGAUAAAUAUUUAAAAUUUAUGUAAAUCGAAUGUUAGCUCUGUGAUUACUCGCCUGUUGUUGAAUGAUCUUCAAUAAAUUCCCCCAACAAUUUUU